AUGUGCGCAGCAACAAGACGUCUACAGAAGGACAGUCCUCCAUAUGACAAGGGUGCCUUCAAAAUUUCAAUUAAUUUUGGUGCAGAAUAUCCUAUCAAACCACCGAAACUAAUCUUUAAAACGCCUAUAUAUCACCCCAACGUGGAUGAAAAAGGGCAAAUCUGCUUCCCCCUUAUCGACCCCGGGAAUUGGAAACCGGCAACAAAAAUCGUCGAUGUGAUUCAAGCCUUGCAAGCCUUGGUAUCGAACCCUGAGAUCGAGCAUCCUCUUCGUGCGGAUUUGGCAGAGGAGUAUCAGAAGGAUCGUGCAGCAUUCAACAAGAAGGCUGCAGAGCACACGGCGCAAUACGCACUCAAGCGCUGA